GUGAGUGACUGGUGUUAAAAAUCUACAGGAUCUUCAAUACUAUUUCUACUAUAUUUUCUCACACCCAUCCUCCCAUAAUUCACCAAAAAUGCCCCUUUUCUCUCACCGCUCCUCCGCCAGCUCCGGCGGCCCUGUAAGCGGUGAUCCGCUACCUUACUUCUACUCUUCAAAGCCUGUAAAGCCAUCGAAGCCCUUUUACUCAUUUUCAUCAACUCGGACUCCCUUGCCGCUUCUCGCCUUUUCACUCCUCUGCCUCUUCAUCGGUCUCGCCGGCACACUCUUCGCCGUCUCCUCCAUCCACCGCAACCAACCCUUACCUGUCUUCCGAUGUGGUAAAUCUGAGGACACUUUCCGAGCCUUUUAUUCCUCAGAUUCCGCAAAACACGGUGAUGACAGUAAUAGAGGCUUAGGAUCGCCCAAGCUUCUCGGGUUCGUCGGCAUCCAAACCGGGUUCGAAUCGGGUGAACGCCGAGCUGCCCUUCGUAGCACCUGUUUCCCUUCCGACCCGGAGGACCUUUUGAGGCUGGAGCAAGCUACCGGUCUGGGUUUCAGAUUUGUGAUAGGGAAAUCAAAAGAUGCGAAGAAAAUGGCAAUGCUUGAGAAAGAGAUUGAAAAGUACAGAGAUUUCAUGUUGAUAGAUGUUGAAGAAGAGUAUCUUAAGCUUCCUUACAAAACAGUAGCAUUCUUCAAAGCAGCUUUUAAGCUAUUUGAAGCAGAUUAUUAUGUCAAAGCUGACGAUGACAUUUAUUUGCGUCCAGAUCGGCUUGCGACUCUUCUUGCGAAGGAACGAACCCAUUCCAUGACUUACAUUGGGUGCAUGAAAAAGGGACCUGUGAUCACUGAUCCUAAAUUGAAAUGGUAUGAGAAAUCAGGACAUCUGAUUGGAAAUGAGUAUUUCUUGCAUGCUUAUGGUCCUAUAUAUGUUCUCUCUGCAGAGGUGGUGGCUUCAUUGGCAGCUGCUAGGAAUAACAGUUUGAGGAUGUUCAACAAUGAGGAUGUGACUAUUGGAUCGUGGAUGCUAGCCAUGAACGUGCAUCAUGAAGAUAACAGAGCAAUAUGUGAUCCUAGAUGUACACCUACAUCAAUAGCAGUCUGGGAUAUCCCAAGAUGCUCAGGUUUAUGCAAUCCGGCUAGCAAACUUAAGGAGCUUCACAAGAUCGGAAUGUGCUCCAAAAGCCCUACAUUGCCACCUGAUGACGUAUAAUACCCUGUUGGCUUGAAUUUAGGCGGGACCAUGAUCGUGCAAGGUCGGUCCGUUUCUUAAAGCUCUUAAAGCAACCUCGAAUGCGAUAAAUGGUGUUCUUAUUGGUAAAACUAUCUAAAGCAUUCUAUUCUUUUAACACGUGCCACGAUGAAGCUAUGGGAAACAGGGAGGGUUAUGCAUUAGAAGCAUUAGAGGAGGGGAGUGAUAGAGAGAGGGUUAUGCAGGGACUAGUUAGCAGUUUGAAGAGAUUAGAUAUUGAAUUUAAGAUUGUAGUGUUUGUAUUCAUUUGAUCCUAUAGGGUUUCUUUGAGGUACAAUUAUCAUUCCAUUAUGCUCAAAAUGAUAAAUUUGUAUUCGUAUUGAUAAUAUAAUCAUUUUACCAA